CCAAAGGCCAAAACCUCUACCUACGACACGUGAAAUUGUAAAUGAUAAAAAGCCUUUUUUGAAAACCAAAAUCCAUUAACAUCUCAGCCGUUCCCUUGCCCUCCAAGUUUAUCCAACUCCCUCUCUAUAUCUCCUCCUCCGUUCGCCGUCGAUACCUAUUCCGGCAUGGCUGCCGCUUCAGAGAACGGUACCGUUGAUAUCUCUACUGAAGCUGUGGUGGUCGAUGAUGACGUCAAGUUCGGAUUCCAAAGGCAGGAGAUGUACACCGAGAAUCUCUCCGGAUCAGUCCAUCCUUACGAACGUCACGUUUUCCUCUGCUACAAGACUCGCGAAGACUGGCCUGCUCGUGUUGAAUCCUCCGACUCGGAUCUGCUCCCUAAGCGACUUGCUGGAGCUAUCAAGGAGCGUAAGAACGAUAUCGCUGUUAAGACUCUGAUAACGAUAUUCGAGGGCGGUGAUGCUACUGGUUUGUCAGAUGGAGAUGUUUUGAUUUUUCCUGAUAUGAUCAAGUACAGGGGUUUGGAAGAAUCAAACGUUGAUAGUUUUGUGGAGGAAGUGCUUGUGAAUGGAAAACCAUGGGCUUCAGGAACACCGGAGUUAGUGACAGGUUCAUACGUAUUUGUGUGUGCUCAUAGCAGUCGAGAUAAAAGAUGUGGUGUUUGUGGGCCAGCUUUAAUUGAAAAGUUCAAUGAAGAGAUUGAAGUUAGGGAAUUGAAGGAUCAGGUGUUUGUGAGUGCUUGCUCUCAUGUUGGAGGACAUAAGUAUGCAGGGAACUUGAUAAUAUAUAGUUCAGUUGAAGAUGGAAAAGUGUCUGGACAUUGGUACGGUUAUGUUACCCCAAAUGAUGUGGCUGAAUUGCUUGACCAACAUAUCAAGAAGGGUGAGAUCAUUGAAAGGAUUUGGAGGGGUGAGAUGGGUGUUCCUCCAGUUGAGAAAGCUGACAAGGCAGUUGAAAAGUCACUACCAAAUGGAAAUGAUUCAAAGAGAUGA